AUGUCGUCUUUUAAAUAGCAAUUAGACAAGAAAGAAGAAACUAAUUAACAAUCAAAAGAGAAAAGCAUACAAAAUUCAAAGGAGAUGCCAAAGCCAUCUUAUUACCCUCAUAAACUUUGGGAACCUUCGGAAUUUCCGAAACCUCCUCGUACUCAAAUGUGCAUAGGAAUGAAUGGGUGUGAUUUUGAAUUCUUAGUCCUAUCAGAUGUAAUAAAGAAAACUAUAAAAGAGGAAAUCAAAUGA